AUGUCGUUCCUAGGCGGCGCAGAGUGCUCGACUGGGGCAAAUCCGCUCAGUCAAUUCACCAAGCAUGUGCAAGACGACAAGAGCCUGCAGAGAGACCGCCUGGUCGGGCGAGGGCCAGGCGGCAUGCACGAGAGUAUGCGCAGCCAGCAGAUGGGCGGUGGGUCCGACGGCGUGAGUGUGAAGGCGCUGCAAAUGAUGAACGAGUUCAUGCAGCAGAACGCACAGCUCCCGCAAGGCCCCGGCCCCGCGUCCCCCUUCGCCAUGGAGCAGAUGCGGCGAGAACUAGAGCGGGCACAGCACAGCGCAUCGCCCGCGUGGGCGGCGGAAUUCGACCCGGGCAUGCAGGCACCGCAGAUGGGACCGUCGAUGCAGGAGCGGCCGGCAGGCUUCAACCCCGCCGAAUUUGCAAAGUUCCAGCAGAUGAGCCCCAAUGCGCGGACAGCAAGCCCCGCGGCGGCCGAGCAGCCGUCGAUGAUGGGCUACCAGCGGCCCAUGUACGGCAUGAACUCGGGCAUGGGAAUGGGCAUGGGCAUGGGCAUGGGCAUGGGUGGCAUGGGAAUGGGCAUGAUGCCGCAAAACUACUCGCAGCAGCCCGCGCAGAGCUCGGCCAAGGGCAAGGAGCGCCUGGUCGAGCUCGACGACAAGGACUGGGAGGCGCAUUUUGCCGAGCUCGAGCAGACGGACCAGAACCUCGAUGCGCUGGACGCCGAGGCGAACAAGCACAUUGAAGCGGAGCUGAACGAAAUGGACAGGUCAGUAGAUGAGUUUGGCGACUUCGAGUCCAUCUGGAAGGGCAUCCAAGCUGAGACUGAAUACGCUAGGCAACUCGCCAACGAGGAGAGCUUUGUCGAGGGACACAUGGGCGACUUGGAUCAAUGGGAAGGCUUCGACGGCCUCAACACACACUCGGUGCGCGACCCGGCCAUGGGCGACUACCUGUUCGAGCAAGACAACCUGUUCAGCAACGUCACAAACCCCUUCGACGAGGGCGUCAAGAUCAUGGAGGAAGGCGGGAACCUGUCGCUGGCCGCCCUGGCGUUCGAGGCAGCCGUGCAAAAAGACCCAAACCACAUCGCAGCCUGGACCCGACUGGGCGAGUCGCAGGCACAGAACGAGAAGGAGACGCCUGCAAUCCGCGCCCUCGAGCACGCCCUGAAGCAAGACCCCUCGAACCUAGAAGCCCUCAUGGGUCUCGCCGUGUCUUACACAAACGAAGGCUACGAGUCCACCGCCUACCGCACCCUUGAGCGCUGGCUUGCCACAAAGUACCCCUCCCUCAUCCAGGAGCCUCUCUCGUCCGACGCGGAAAUGGGCUUCACAGACCGGCACCUCCUCCACGAGAAAGUCACCAACCUCUUUAUUCAAGCCGCACAGCUCUCUCCGUCGGGCGAACAGAUGGACCCCGACGUCCAAGUCGGUCUUGGUGUCUUGUUUUAUGGUGUAGAGGAAUACGACAAGGCAGUCGACUGCUUCGGCGCCGCCCUCGCCUCCACCGAGUCUGGCGUCUCAAAUUCUUCGUCGCAAGUUCACCUCCUCUGGAACCGACUCGGCGCUACACUCGCCAACUCCGGACGCAGCGAAGAAGCCAUCGACGCAUACUCGCGGGCCCUUGCACUACGGCCGAACUUCGUACGCGCGCGCUACAAUCUUGGUGUUUCCUGUAUCAACAUCGGCUGCUUCACGGAAGCAGCGCAACAUCUUCUCGGCGCGCUCGCCAUGCAUAAGGUCGUGGAGAAGGAGGGCAAAGAAAAGGCGAGAGAGGUCGUGGGCGAUGGUGUAAGCGAUUCGCAACUUGAUAACAUGAUACACCAAAAUCAGAGCACGAACCUGUACGACACAUUAAGACGGGUGUUCGGACAAAUGGGGCGAAGGGACCUGGCGGAUAUUGUGGGCCCCGGCAUGGAUGUUGAGCGCUUUCGAGGCGAGUUUGAGUUUUGA